UUAUUUUUUCCCCGAAAAUUUUAUUUCUUCCGUUUCAUGAUUACGCCGUCCGAUAAUCUCUCAAUCGCCGAUAAAACUCAUCAUCAUCACUCAGUAGCGAUCUUGAAACCAGUCUUCUUGCUCCCUCUUCGCGCUCAAGAUUCCUCUGCGUUUUAUAUAAUAUCUAGUUCUCGAGAUCGUUGAUUCGGAACUUCUGAUUCGAUCAAUCUGAAUCCUCCUCCUUCUCGACGGAUGGAGAGAUUGUGAGGUGAGAUCAAAAGGAGAGAGAGAUGGAUGAUAGAGAAGGCUCGUUCGUAGCCGUCAGGCGUAUUUCUCAGGGUCUCGAACGUGGAAGCGUUUACAAUUCGUCUUCUGGUGAGGGUGUGCCUGGAUCAGCAGCUUGGUUAGGCCGAGGUCUUUCCUGUGUUUGUGCUCAACGAAGAGAUAGUGAUACGAAUUCCACCUUUGAUCUUACACCUGCUCAGGAGGAAUGCUUGCAGAGUUUGCAGAGCCGUAUUGAUGUAGCUUAUGACAGUACCAUACCUCUGCAUCAGGAAGCGCUGAGGGAUCUGUGGAAACUUGCCUUUCCUGAAGAAGAGCUUCAUGGAUUGAUAUCUGAGCAGUGGAAAGAGAUGGGUUGGCAGGGCAAAGAUCCGUCUACUGAUUUUAGGGGUGGUGGUUUCAUCUCUCUUGAAAACCUGCUGUACUUCGCCAGAAACUUUCAGAAAUCCUUCCAGGACCUUUUGAGGAAGCAGGUUGGGGAUAGGUCCGUAUGGGAAUACCCUUUUGCUGUUGCUGGUAUCAACCUAACAUUCAUGCUCAUUCAGAUGCUUGACCUUGAAGCAGUAAAACCACGAACAGUUGUUGGGGCAACUUUUCUGAAGUUCCUCUCUGAGAACGAGUCUGCCUUUGACCUUCUGUAUUGCAUUGCAUUCAAGCUAAUGGAUCAGCAAUGGCUUUCAAUGCGUGCCUCAUACAUGGAGUUUAACACGGUGAUGAAAUCAACAAGGAGACAGCUGGAGAGGGAGCUGAUGCUGGAAGACAUAAUGCAUCUUGAAGACUUGCCCUCCUAUGCCCUUCUCUCUCAAUAGCCUUUUAAGAGUCUCUAACCUCAACACUCCCGCUUUAAUAACACAAAAGGUUGCUCGCUUGUGCCUCUUCUUUGACAUUUUCUUCUACUGUUUGUUGGUUGCCUAUAUGAAACAACUCUAAAACUGAGUUGUUGUUGUUAUAUUAAAACAAGGAAGAGGGAGAUAGAGAAGGAGGGUUGGGAUAAAACUCAAUUUGGUUGUGGGGUUGGAAUGGAGUGAGUUUGUAACAACGUUAAGGUUUUUUAGUAACUGAGUGUUGAUUGAUCUUUGA